GGUGUUCUUACUUCCUGUGGGAAGUGCCUCCUGCCUCCUCAACGUCAGCCUCCUUUAUUAGUUGGUGGCAUAGAGUUAUGAGUUGGUGGGAUCUUAGAAGUUGCCGGUUGUUUUGGUAGGCUCUUGUAGCUGGACGCUGACGCUGUCACGCCGUGCGGUUGUGUAUUGCAGUUUUCACGAUGUCAUCACGAGGAGGGAAAAAACGAUCCAAGGCAGUUUCGAAGUCCACAAAAGCAGGCGUGCUUUUUCCGGUUGGCCGAAUAGGUCGCUAUCUCCGGAAAAGCACCCACCACUUCAGGAUCGGUGCCGGUGCUCCAGUUUACAUGGCUGCUGUAAUCGAGUACCUUACAGCGGAAAUAUUGGAACUGGCUGGAAACGCGGCACGCGACAACAAGAAAAACCGCGUCACGCCGCGGCACAUCCUACUGGCGAUCGCCAACGACGAUGAGCUGCACCAGCUUCUGCGUGGGGUGACAAUUGCCUCUGGUGGCGUGCUGCCGCGCAUCCAGCCUGAACUGCUUGUUCGGAAGAAAGGCAACAAGUUUGUGAUGCCCUCGCCCAAGCACCAGUCCUCGGCGCAAAUGCGAGUGGACAACCUGCCCUCCAAAUCACAUCAGGCUGCCACCACUGCUCCGGCUGCUGCCAAGCCCGUGUCAGCGCCACCACCGCCAAAGAAAAUUGCGGCCACUGCAGCAAGCAAAAAGCAACUGCCACCGCCCCCAUCAUCGCUUACCAAGGAGAAGGGCAAAGGGACCAAAGGAAAGGACUCAGCUGGUGGAGAACAGCUGCACUCUUCUGUCACUGUGUUGUCAGAGAAGAAGCUGUUCCUUGGCCAAAAGCUCACUGUGAUCCAAGGAGACAUGGCAAGCGUGAUAGUUGAUGCAGCCAUCCACCCAACCAAUGCAAACUUCUCCCUUGCUGGGGAAGUAGGCCAAGUCCUGGAGAAGGCAGGUGGUAAGGAGUUCCAGCAAGAAGUGAGAGAGUUGCUGGCUUCUCAUGGGCCUCUGGAGACUACUGGAGUGGCCAUUUGCCCAGGCUACCACUUUCCAGCAAAGCAUGUGAUCCACUGUCAUGUACCCACUGGUGCCAAUGCAAUGGAACAUCUUGAGAAGUGUGUACGCAACUGCCUCGUAAUGGCUGAUGACAAGAACAUCCGUAUCCUCGCCAUCCCACCAUUGGUAUCUCACAACACUUCGCCGUCUCAGAAGCAGCUUGCAGCACAGUCAGUGCUGCGGGCCAUCUCCAGCUACUUUGUCAAUAUCAUGGGAAGUUCACUGAAGCAGGUCUACUUUGUCCUGUCUGACAUGGAGAGCAUUGGCAUUUAUGCCAGUGAGCUGGCAAAGCUGGACUCUUAGAUUGCUGCCAUCAUAGCUCCUGGGGGUCGUACCCAUGCAAUGGGAACUAAGGAAGACUGAAAUCUGCAAAAAAAGAAAAUGUCAUAAUUACAUUUGUAAACUUGGUA